AUGUCGCCGACAAGCAGCAUCUUCCGCGCGGCCCGGCCGGCCUUUCGCGCCCGCCCGUUCUUCUUCCGCCCCAAGCUGCAGCAGCACCAGGCCGGUCGCGCUCGCUUCCAGAGCACGACGGCCGGCGCCACGACCGAGUCGUGGGUUAAGCGCAUGUGGAACAGCCCCGUGGGACUGAAGACGGUGCACUUCUGGGCCCCCAUCAUGAAGUGGGCUCUCGUCAUCGCCGGCAUCUCCGACUUCACCCGCCCGGCCGAGAAGCUCUCGCUCACGCAGAACAUCGCGCUGACCUGCACCGGCCUGAUCUGGACCCGGUGGUGCCUGAUCAUCAAGCCCAAGAACUACCUCCUCGCGGCCGUCAACUUCUUCCUCGGUUGUGUCGGCGUCGUCCAAGUCACCCGCAUCGGUAUCUGGCACCAGUCGCAAAAGCGCCUGCCCCAGAAGGUCGAGGAGGCCAAGGAGGCGGCUGUU